AUAAAAAGCUGAUACUUAGCUUGUAAGUAGCCUAGAAUUUCUGAUAAACCAAAGAUAAUUUUGAAUUCUUCAUUACUUCCAAAGAGAGAUGAAAGAAAACUUUUCUUAAGCCUCCAGUGCAAAAAUUAACAGAAUGAAAAACAGGAUAUUGAUUGUUAACACAGACUAAUAUGAAAAAAACCUGCUCAGGUCAGCUGGACACAGAAGGUGGUCAGAUUCUCUUCCUAUCCAUGGUGUUGACCUAAACUGUUUUUUUUUCUGAAAGCCUUUACAACUGCAACAUCUGCAGAUAUCACAGUUCUCAUUAGGCUUUGCCUUUAAGAGCCCUACUGGGCUACUGAAAGUUGAGGAUCACAGUUAGCUACAUUGGCUCUUAACAAUCCACUGCAAUCUUUUUUCCCCAGGAGGCAUGCAACAAGAUAAACUGAAAGCUCAGACUGCCACAUCUUGGAGCACAUUCCACUUUAAGCUCUUAGAUCACAGACCAGUUAAAACUCCAUCCUUGGAGCAGCUUAUCUCCAAUCCUGUAAGCUGCACAUCUUCAAGGUUAAUGCAUUACUGCCAUUUUUCUUUAUAUUUCAGCGAUUUUUAAACAUGAAAUUAUAUCUAUGUAAAUAUAUGGUAGCAUCAGUAAGUAAAGAUACAGAAUACGGAAAAAAACCAUCACACUUGUCUCACGAUUGAUACUAAAAAUGGGAGCAUCUGAAGCAUCACUAACAUGCACUUAUAUUUUAGUCUAAAUAUUUAAGGACUAUACAACUCAUUGAAAAAUGAAACAUCAGCGAAUUGAAGAACAAUGUCAAAUAUGUCUUCUAAAUUCCUCAUUAAGUGUCCUCAGUCAUAUUUCAAGAAAUUAUAAAUAUUUAUAACUUUUUUAAACUAUUGGUGAUGAAUCAAUCAUUCUAUACAGAACUAUUCCACAAGUUGUUUUAGUGGUGCAGUGGCAAUUAAAAAAAAAAAAAAGCUUAACAGAAGUUUCAUUUCAUCCAUGAAUGAGUUAACAAAGGAGAAAUGCAGACAUUAACUGCACAGUUUGUGGUCAUUUCUGAAGGAGGGGGUGUGCAACAGAAAGGGCAAUAUAUAGAAAACAGAAAACCUGCAGAGAAAAAUGCAACAAACUGAUAUAUUCAGUGUAGACUAAACAUUCAGUCUCUCUCUCUGGACAAAAAUGAUCCCAGCUAUUCCCAAACCAGGAAUUUCCUGCUACUAUCUCAUGAAUAGCACUGCAAGUGAACUUGAAUGAUAUGAACAGUACUCACCAGAGACAGCUCAUAUCUGAUGGGGACGUGCCUCUAUAAAAUCACACUGGCAGUUUGAAAACAGAAGUAACAGCAAGGGAUGGGAAAUAAAAAUAAUAUCUAUUUAUGGUUCAAAUAUUCAGUUUACAGUGGACCAGGAAUGGGAUCUAGCAAGAUUUUAAGUUUACCAUCAUUAACACAUCUGGACACGGGGCAGGACAGUGGCCUACACAAAAAGCCUGGCCAGAAGACACAGUGAAGAACCUGCUGCAGGUCUGUAAUAGAUAUGGAGCAGGAUGUGUUUCUCAAAUGAUUCAAACCUGGUAAAGUUCAGAAAACAUCACAAAGGGCAGGUAUGUUUUUCAUCUAUUGAAAUUAAACAAUGCACCAAAGAGGUAAAAAUGCUUGCAAGCCAAUCUACCACUAAACUUGUAUCAUCUUCUGCAAGUUCCUAAGAUAAUUGGUUUUAUCUGUAUUUUAAGAAUAAUUUCCUUUUCAAUUAGAUAUAAAUGAAUUCAUUAGCUUUCAUCAGAACAAUCUGCAGUAAAAACUUCAAGUACAGCUAGAUUAAUGUCAGGAUAUCCUUCAAGAUUUAUAAAAUAUAAACCAGAAGUUGAUUAGACGUCGUGGAGCUGAAUCCAACGGAAUCCAAAUGCCCAUUAGCCAAAUAAGGCAUUGUCCUGUCUCAAUUUCCAUUUUUUUUAAUGUUUUCAUGUGCUCUGCUCUCUCAGUACUGUCAGUGGUGACAACAGGGAGGUGGCCAGAUAAGGAAACAGUAUUACCAUAGCUGGAUUAAUCUUUAUUUUUGUAAUAUAUACUUUUCUGAUGAAUAAAGAAAUCAACUCCCAAAUGUAAAUGAAUAAUACAGCAUGGAAUCUUAUUGUUUCCUUUAAACAAGAAAAGUAAGGAACAAGUGAAAGCUAUUGAAAAUUCUAUUGUAUGAUUCAAAUAUACUAAGUAUUUCUGUUAAUUUCUGACAGCAGCCUUCUCUUUGGCCUCACAUUACCUGCAUUCUAGAGACAGAAUUUUUUCUUUUUUAAAGAAAUAUGAAUUGAUGCACAGUUCACUGAGGACCUGAUUUCCUGCUCAAGGCUGGUAAAGCACUAGCAAUUCAUGGAAUGUAAUGGCUGGUGUCAUACAGAGGGUCAAACCAUGAUCUCAUGGUCUCUUCUGGCCUUUACUCAAGGACUUAUUACCCAAUUUUGCAGCUAAUGUCCUUGGAAGUGAACUCUAUUUCCAUUUUAAUGCAGAACUAGAAGAUGACGCUGAGGCUACAUACACAUCUGACUGAAAGUUGGAAGGUAACAAAAGAGAACACUCAGGAUAAUAAAAAGCAGCUGCAGAAGGAAAGUUUUAAAGCAACAGUGCACACACUUGAACUAAGUGUGCCAGACAAUACUUUCAUAAAGUUAGGCAAGAAAAAACCUGGAGUGUUUACAGAGCUGCAGAACUUUUUAGGGUUAACUGUGCUUCCAUCCAGAAAGCAAGUGAGCAAGAGAGCCCAGAGAGUGAGCAGCAGACAGACAGACAGACAGACAUGCUACGGUGCACAGAGAUAGAAUGUUGUAGUGCGAAGGGUCAUUUCCAGGACCUGCACAUCCUGAUACAGCUCCAGGGAACACACAUUAUAGUGCUGGAGCAGUGAAUAAUUAACCCUCUUUGUCUCAUUUUCAAACCCCCCACCCACUCCCUUCCCUGCUUUCCAAACACUGGAGCUGGAUACACUGGAAGGAGUCACUCAAGGAACAAGGGCAGCAGCAAACUGCGAGCUUUGCUUGUGAACAAAGGGAGAACUGCACACGGACUCUGCUGAUCAUCUAAGUAGAAUCAACAAAGAAUGGAAGUUAAAGGACAGCAAAAGCGAACACAGCCUUAUUUCUACGCUUUUUUAUAUGUGGUAAGAAUUAUUCUUCUCCAUUUUGGAGUUGGAGAAACUACCUGUAUUAGAAGAAAUACAGUUUUCCCAAAAUAGAAAUUCUUAAUCUUCGUGAUAGAAGAAAUGUGCUAAAAAAAGCACACAAAGAGACAAACUUCAGAAAUAUUAUAAAAGCCAAAAGCAAAUGAACAACUUCUCUUCCAGAAAGUAGUGAAAAAUCUCAACUUCCACCAUAUGAUGAAAAAGAAAAUUAUAAAGGAUCUUCCUGGAUGCAAAGUGAACUCUACUAAAAUGCAAGAGAAAGAGGUAAGGCUUUCUUCACCUGAAAACUGCAACACAUCAAAUCUCAGUAACUGAGCAUUUGUUCAGCUUAAUGUGGGGACAGCUGUUUGAGUCUCUGCUUGAAGGGGGAAAUGCAAGCCUUAAGUCUUUAGCAGAGCUAACAGAGACAGAGAAAGACAGGGAGAGAAUGGGCUGUGCUUAAUAAAAGCCUUGCUCAGGUUACAAAAACAAGCAUUUUACUCACCCCGACCCCUUCAAGUAAGGAGUAAAUUUAGAUGUCUCAGUUCGAUAAAUCUCUAUGGUCCCCCUUGAGACUGUCAGCAGUGUUUUAUUGUCUGCAGCUUCCUGACCCUCACCUGAUAAAUUAGGAAGUGCUGAGAUUAAAACGGAAACCUCAUACAUAAUUUCUGAAGAUAUUUUUGGGGUUACCCUCUGAGGAGAAAUAGGAUUCUUAAUAAGGGGAAAUAUGGGAACUGCUGUCUGCCUACGCACAUGCUGCUGGAGACUAGACACUUGGGAGAGGAGGAGUUGCACAUAUACAACUCGAGCAUCUGCCUCUGCAUCAGUUUGUACUCAGAAGGAGCAAAUCUACAUAGACUGCACCUAAAGGGAAUUGUUUUGCAUUCAGAUUCAUCUAUCACUCUUUACUGCUGCAGAAAAAAAAAAGGGAAGCAAAUGCACUGCUUAUUUUUGACAGCUACUGAUUUUUUCUUUUUAAUCUUCUGAAAUCUGAACAUCGCUAUAAAGGGGAGACCAGACCCCUGAACCCUACCAACCAGAGAUGGACACAAGACAGGAUUUGCAUUUUUAAAACUCGUUUGCGCCCAGCAAAGCACAGAAUAAAAAAAUUGGAUACCAGCUCGGACAUGGUUACAGUAUCUGGAAAUAGCAGAUGAGCAGUUCACUAUCCUGACCAUGCUGGCCUAUCUUCAGGACCAUCCUGGACCAGAGAGGAACAGAGAGCUCUUACACCGUACGCAACUCCUGAGCAAAAUACAGCCCCUGAAGACAUUCCUCUGCACACAAAAAUGCCCCAUCCUCUACACUCCUUGAACGGACCUGGAGCUGGCAAUGGAUAUUUGCCGCCUCUCUCAGUAACAGGAGCACCCAAGCAGGACUACCCAAGCGAGGAACAAGGAAACAAAGUGCACUGGGCAGCACUGCUGAUCCUCCUGCUGAUAAUCCCCACCAUUGGGGGGAACAUACUUGUCAUUCUGGCCGUGUCCCUGGAGAAGAAGUUGCAAUAUGCUACCAACUACUUUCUGACGUCCUUGGCGGUGGCAGAUUUGCUUGUGGGUCUGUUUGUGAUGCCAAUUGCCCUUCUCAUAAUAUUAUUUGACAAUACCUGGCCUUUACCAACUGCCUUGUGUCCUAUCUGGCUGUUCCUUGAUGUCCUCUUUUCCACAGCUUCCAUCAUGCACCUUUGUGCCAUCUCCCUGGACCGCUACAUCGCGAUAAAAAAGCCAAUCCAGGCCAGCCAGUACAAUUCAUGGGCUACAACAGUCAUCAAAAUCAUCGUGGUUUGGCUCAUUUCAAUAGGCAUUGCAAUUCCAGUCCCUAUCAGAGGCAUUGAGGAUGGAAAUGGCAACUCUACAAACAUCACGUGUCUCCUGAUGCCUGAUCGUUUUCAUGACUUCAUUCUGUACGGAUCAGUGGCUUCCUUCUUCAUUCCCCUCGCUAUCAUGAUCGUCACUUAUUUACUGACAAUCCAAGUGCUGCGCAAAAAGGCCUAUUUGAUCAACAAGCCGCCUCAGCGCUUCACCUGGUCAACAGUGUCCACAGUCUUUCAGCGUGACACAACACCUGCCUCCUCACCAGAAAAGGUGGCCAUGCUAAAUGGCUCCAGAAAGGACCAGACUUUGUCCAGUGACAUGCCUAUCUGCAGGACAUCCACGAUUGGGAGGAAAUCCAUGCAAACGAUAACCAAUGAACAAAGGGCGUCAAAAGUUCUGGGGAUUGUGUUUUUUCUUUUCUUGCUGAUGUGGUGCCCAUUCUUCAUAACAAACAUCAGCUCAGUUCUGUGCAACUCCUGCAACAAGGAGGUUUUUCAAAAGCUUUUGGAGAUAUUUGUUUGGAUAGGGUAUGUAUCCUCAGGAGUGAACCCUCUUGUAUAUACACUCUUCAACAAAACAUUUAGGGAGGCUUUCAGCAGGUACAUCACUUGCAACUAUCGGACCACAAAGCCUAUCAAGGCCCUUCGGCAGCGCUCCAGCAGGAUCUCUUUGAGAAGCUCUGUAGCAGAAAAUUCCAAGCUUUUUGUCAUGAAUGGGAUGAGAAAUGGGAUUAACCCCAUUAUGUACCAGAGCCCAAUGAGGCUGAGGAGCUCACCCAUCCAAGCAUCAUCGGCCAUUCUGCUGGAUACGUUGCUACUCACCGAGAAUGAGGUUGAUAAGACAGAAGAACAAGUCAGCUAUGUAUAGUGGAAUGGCAGCCAUGUCCCUACAGCAUUACUGUAUGUAUUAUUCUAGAUAACUGCACCGUAAGAGGGUAUAAAUACUAUUGUUUUCUGUUAUUUAUGCAAGCAAUAUCUUAUAAAUUUCUAUUAAUUCCUCUCCUUCAAAGUCUCCUCUACUUUAACCCCAACCCCAUGGUGGCAACCACAACUUCAUUCCAUGACAAAUGACUCAUGCAGAACUGUAGCCUAAGGAAGAGGGAAAGAAAUAAAAGCUAAAUCAGUUUAAGUAUCUGACUUCAGUUCUCAUCACCUUCAGUCUCUUCAAAGCACAUCUUUAUAAGCGUUUCUGUACAAACACUACUCUAACAUUUGCUUUGGCAAGAAGACAAAACUUUGUAGGUUGAUGCUCUACAAUGGAAGCAGCAGAGGGAUACAAGCUCACUGGUUUCAAUUUAAAUGUCUGUAAACAGAGCAGCACACAAGCUCACUGCGUUCCCUCCUCUCCUCUGCUGAGACUGAGUAUCCACACAGGAGCUUUCCUUGUUCUCUAAGGGGGUGUAAAACACAAGCAGAAUCACUCGCUCUAGAGACCAAUGUACAAACCCGUUCCAUAAGGGACAAUCAAAAAUUCCAUGUAUGAAAAUUAUCCCUUUACUGUAGGGAUGGGCAGAAUUUAACCCACUUGAAUUUCAUCUCCAUUACAUAUGCAUAAGCUCAGUGUUGCCAGAUUGUUCACUGAAAACUGCCCUUUUUUCUUUUCAUACUAAGAAAACUAAUUAUUUAAUCAAAACAAUACAACACACACUCAAUGAUCAUAAGAAAAACAGGAUACACAAUGCCUGGAACAUCCCUAUAAACCCUAUAUGAACAAGCUUCCUUUUUAAUGACCAUGGAUACUUCAGUGAAAGCCUCCCCUCAUCCAAUGUAGUUCACAGGAAGUAGAGAAAUAGCAGACAGAACAGCUACUUCACAAGAAAAUAAGAGCACACAUUUCAGAGACAGCAGACACAACAGAACUGGCUACACCUGCACAUAUUCACAAUUUAGCUGAGCUCAAAAUGAUUUAAUUGGACUAAUGGCCAAUUACAGGUCCCAAUUUGCACUCUCUCAAACAUGCUCAAGACUUUAGUAUGAGCACAAAAUUAAUAGAAAUAAUUAGUCCUCACAAACCAUAAAAGCUACCAGAGUCUGUUAUUCAGGAAAUCAGAAAAUUCUGACAGCUCCAGACUCUUUGGGAAAAGAAAUCUGAUUUCCCCAAAGUACUGGAGUUCUUACAUCAAGCAGCUAGCUCACCAUUUUUUCCAUAGUUUCCAUUUACAGUAAAAUUUUCAGCUUGGGCUUUGUUUUCAUUUUUAAUAUUUUCAGCAUUCUUUGGUUACACUAAAAUUAUGUACAGCAAAAGGCUUAGGUUUUUUUCAUCUGCAGAACAGAAAGUACUAAAGCUAACGUGUCCCUCCAACAUUUAUUUAUAUAUAUUUAAUUUAAAACACAUGCAAGUUCAAAACAGAGUCUACUGUAACAACUGCCAGAGAUUUUCAGGCAAAAGCAUUAAAAAUACAUCUGUGGUACUUGCAGUAAGUUGUCUUCUUCUUCCCAAUUUUGGUGAUAAUCACUAGCCACUUAAAUCAGAGUAAAUUCUAACUGUUCUCCCUCCUCUUCACUUAAUCAAAAUUUGUUUAGGGGGAUUCUGUAGUUAAAAGCCAGAAUGGAAGGACAGAUAUCUGUAAAAGACACCUUCAUGAGCAGUAACACCAAAAGGCAACCACCACUCCUGAGGGGUUAUUGUCCAGCAGUCAGAAAGCAAGAAGCAGUCAUCUUUGAAAACUCUCUUGAUACUUAAAUAAAUCCAUAUUAAUUAAACAAAAAAUGUUCAUCUAGCAGGCAGCAAUCACCUACUUUGAGCAGAAACUUAUAUUUUCUCUUUCCAGCAGAAACAUCACAGCUGGCUCACAGCACACAGAAAAGCUGAGAGGUAACUCAGCUCUUUUCUGUCUGACCCUGUUCUUACACAGCUGUCAAGUCUGCAAUCUGUCUUACACGAGGAGUAAUUUGCCCUAAUGUCCCACAGAGAAAGAUUCCAAGGCCUCUUUGCAAUCAGUGCUUAGACCUCCACCAACAGGAAAUCAUCCUUGAAAAAGUCUCACCCAACAGAGAUGUAUUUUCUCAAGCCAGUAUACAGGUUUCUCACUUUUAGUAACUGUAAAUAGAAGCUCAGCAUGUUCUGGUUACUGAGUUCAGUGAGCAACAACAAACCUCAAUCUAAAGGACUAGUGCCUAAUAAAAAAUCCAAUCUUUCUGCAGGCAAAGAAAAUUUCUCCAUAGAAAGAAACAUAUCAGCCAAGAAAGCAUGCACAUUCCAUGCUUCCACUUUCCAAGUGGAAAACAUUCUGCUUAACAUGCUAAGUGCAAGGAGACAUUGCUCAGAGCUUGUCCACUUGCAAAGCAAACAAGCUGAGAAUUCAGGUAACAGCCUUGGAAAGCAGGACAGAGCAAGAAAAAAGACGAAGACGCAGAACUAUGAAAUAAGAAAACAUAAUGGACAGGGGAGUUCUUGUUUUAGCAACUGUAUCUACAAGAACAGAUCUGAACAAAGACAUCACCUUCAUUAGUAAGACAUGAUGGAAGAGUCACUGCAAGCUCCUGAAGGAAAGCACCAGUUUGUUGUAUGGUAACUACAGACAACAUUGCUCUUGUGGCAUCAACAAGCACAACAGGAGGCUCAGGGCUACAUCCAUGAGUAUUGUCUUUAGGAAACACAAAUUUAUAAAAUAUACUUUUAUAUGCUGUCUGCAAAGUGAACGUAUUUUCAUAGCAUUAUAUUUGUCAGGUUUUUUUCAUAAAGAUAGCAGUAUAAUAACAGAUAAAGCUUUGCAGCCAUUUGGCUGAGAACACAAACAUUUUUACAGAAGGAAGGGGUCAUGCACUUCCCCCCUUAACACACAAACAAAAAAAGGGAUUCCUUUCUUUGGAGCAAAAUGCUGCCAGUUCUUUCCAAAUCUGACCCACAGCAAAUCAGCCACCUAGCCAGCUCUAUAAUCUCUACACAAUAAUAACUCCAAGUUAUUAUUGUAAAGAGGCAAUAAAAUAACAAAAUAAUAAAGUCCAUAAAAUAACAACUUAGAGAUAUCUUGUUCAACUUUUAUCAUUAUCACAAAGACCUUUAUCUGGCAUAUUUAAUUUCUUUUUAAACUACCGAAAAGCAAGAUAAAAGUCAAAGCUGAUCUGCAACAUCCAGGCACUAUGGGAAGAACACUUCAGAAGAACAAUGAACAUGUAUGGUGGUUGUUUUGUUGUUUAAUUAUUUAAAAUACGUUAAGAGACAUUCAGCCAAUGUUCUGUCUGCCUAUCUAAUUAAAAAUUACAGCACAGACAUGCACAUAAGGACUCAGCAGUCUUGCAGAGAGGAAAAUAAUGGAGUUUGAAGCCUACCAGAAUAAGUGUCUUGAAAUGCAAAUAAAGGGAUUACUUUACAAAAAACUAAACAAAACAACAACAAAAUACACACAAAACAGACAAAACCAGAAAAAUCAACCAAAAAUAUCCCAAUCUUUAAUUCACUCAGAAAUAGAGAAGCAAGAAAUUCCGCUAAUCUCAGCUAUAGUGAUGUGAUGUAAAAUGCAUUUUGUGAAGCCAGUCCUAAACCAUCUAUAAGCUGCAGGCCUUUAGCUACCAGGAAACUUACAGGCAGCUAGAAGAAGAUAUGAUUCAGUUAUCUUGUAUCCUACAAGUACAAAAUUCUUCCUGACUCUAUCACACUAGACCAUACUAGCAUCAAUUUUCAAAUGCAAAUACAGUUAAAAUCAAGUGUGAAGCUGAAGGCCCUGAGAAGAGAGGCUGAUGCUACAAGCUGAUGCUGUAUCACCUGCACACAAGAGGCACAUAGGAUUUUUUUAUAGUGUUUCACAGGAAGUGUUGCUUUUCUACACCGUUUCCAUACUGUAGAAACAUCCCCAUCACCGCAAGCUGGUAAAAGAAAACAAAAACAUAACUCCCCUGAAAAAAAACAAAAACAAAAACAUAACUCCCCUGAAAAAACCUUUUUCUAGGCUGCUGUAUGUAACAUCAGACUUAAAAAGCAAAGCAGUGUCAGCAGAGUGAACGUGAUAAAGGCACACUGAACAACCUGGGACACUGGAACCCAGAGAGGCAGAACAUUGCCAGAACUCUUCUGGCUUUUCACCUUGCAAGCUGGAGCCAAGAGUCCCAGAGUUCUGGCCAGUUCUCAGCACUGACUUAAUAUUACCAUGAAGCUUUAGACUUUUUUCUUCAUAUUGAUAAAGAUGCCUACGUACAACUGCUCAGAAGCCUUCCUUUGUUUCACUUCCCCUUUGGCUCUCUAGGCAACCAUUAACAUGGCAAAAACAACAAUCAGGAGAGACAUAACUUCCAUAAUUUUGUCUUAGCAAAACAACAUGGUGUUUACUAUCAGUGUCCAUUCCCAUGAGAAAGAAUGUUUUGUCCAGUAGAAAAGGAAGACUUUUGCCCUGCAGAGGAGAGGAAGCCCUUUCAUUUUACAAUGGGAAGCUAGGUACAAAAAUAGGAAAGAUGGCUUGCUAAAAGUGUCCAUUUUUACUCUUAUUUCUAAUAAUUCAUGUCAGUCCUAUUUGUCAAGCCACAGCUACAAUUCCUUGCAUCCAGGUAUUCAGGUCCUUUCCAACCUCUGAAAAACAACAUCACACUCUUAAAAAUUAAGAGCUUUUUACUCUCUAAAGGAUCCUCUUUACAAAUGCUCUACACAGGUAAUGGCAACUCACUUUCAAAUUCAUUAAACCCUGCACAACUUCAGUGAAAGUCGAAGGCUUCUUCUGAUUAUAGUAAGAUUUCUGCUACUAUUUCUUUGAAAGGGACCUUCAUUCUCCUCUGCCAGGAAGACUGAAUAUGACAAGAUAAAAUGUGUUGGAUUGUAAACAAAACCCUUUUAAUCUUUCCUAUGCAAGAAUUAACAAGCAGAUACAUUUCACUAAAUUCCUCUUCACAAUUAAAACAUUGAAAAAGUCACUGGUGCAGAUCACAUUAGAGUGACUGUCAGCCUCACACUCAAUUACCCAGAUCAUCGGCUAUCUGCCUUCUGGAUAAAGGUAGGUUAGAGAUAUAAAGGAAACAAACUGUCCCAGUCUUCCUGGAAUAAAAUCCAAGUAUCUGAUCUGUUUGCCUUACAACAAAUAUAUAGCCUUAAAAUACCACAGGCUAUGUAAACACAAAGCAUACAAAAGCAGGAAACAUUACUAUUUCACUUGCAUCAUCCUAAAAUGAAAAAUUGAACAGAAGCCACGCAGAGUUCUUCAUGUUUGGGUAGUCUGCACUUAUCAUCUGAGACAACAUUUUCCCUCUGGGACUCUCUGGAGGCUGCAUUGUUCCCUCUCCUGUCCUCAGCCUUUUCCCAACAGUAUUGCAUGAAGACAAAAGCAGCAUCCUACAACUCAAGUCCCACUUCCCCAUGACUCUCAUUCCCCUGGAUUUAACAACUGCUAUGAGAGCAUUAAACGUUUUUAGUUCAUGCUUGCAAGCACUGCUCCAUCCCACAUUGAAGCUUUCUACCAAUCAGAUUUGUUCUAUCCAUAAAACAUCUAUCUCCUCAUUUUGUAUAUAAAGUGUUUAGAUACUCUGCAGCACUGCUCUAACAAUGUAAAAAUAAGGCUGACUACAUAAUCCAAUCACAUCUCACUCUGCAAUACCAACAAAAAUCAAUUCAUGAUCUAAAGUGGUAAAAAUUUUGAUAAAAAUAAGUAUUUCCAUUUUUAAAAAGCAAAACACUUUAAAUUUAUCAUGUUUUCCAUUGCAUCAUAAUAAUUUUAAAAAGCAGACUGAAAAUCACAGGUGAUUUAACUGCUGUUUCCAACAACCAUAAAUAUUUCAUAAACCACUUCAGCAGAAAGAAUCACCAAUAUAUAAACAUCAACAAUUAUGUAAGUUUGCUAUCUGUGAUCACUGGCAAAAGGGGCAGGACUGGGAAAACAGAGAUACCUUACAGUAGCCAAGUCAAUACAUCAUUUCUCUUCUUCCUAUUUCACAACACAGCUUCUUGUUCAGCCCUGCAUCCACACUGCAAGCUCCAAAUAUCCAAAGCUUCAUUAGUGCCUCUCUAUAACUUUACAAUAACAUUUUACUUAGAAGUGUCUCCAGUAAGAGGUGGUCCUUUUUAAAAAGAGAGAAGAUGUAAAGUCUCAGGUUUUUGCUCCACACAAUUUUGACUGGUUUUUUUUUUUUUUUUUUUUUAGAUAGCAAAAGGAAGAGGAGGUAGUUUUGAAACAAUUCUCUUGCACCAGAACAUGUUCUGAUGAUUUAAUAUUGUGGCAUGGAAAUGAUCUGCUCCAAAAUCCAUAACUAGUGCCUAAUUUUUGUAUGGGACUAAGCCAAGAAGGAAAAAAAGCCACACCAAGUCCUAUAGCCAGCAAGCUGUGCUUUCCAUCCCCAGCCUGAACUUAUGGACUGUUUCUACACAGCCAGCAAAACCAAAACUAACAGCAGCAGCUCUGCUGGUUAAGGUUCAAUUCUACACACAGGGUCCCCUGGAAAGCUUUGGGGAGCCCAAGAAUCAGACAAGGAGGUUUUUGUGUUAUAUAAAUAAGACCUGCAACACAUUCUGCACUCAAGCGAUGUGAUUGAUACUGCUCUGCUCACUUGGGUGACUGCAGACAUUCCCACAGCCAGGCAAGCCUGCAUCCAACAUCCCAGAGUGAAACUGUAACAGCAGCACUAACCCUUGCUCCCCUAAUCCUCCAGGGAUUGUAACUGGGGGAUUUCUUAUCUUUCAUAACACUCUGGAAAUUUUAAUCUUGCAAUUCUUAGGUAAAACUUAAGAACCUAGACUAGAAUAUUCUAUCUAAACCUUGAUUCAUGAAUUCUGAAUAAUGAAAAAAGCCACAUACAUUCUUUUGUAUAUUUUUCCAGUAAUUUGAAAGCCCAAUGAUAAAAAAAUUACCAUGCUUAAAAAAAUAUAAAAGAGGUAAUCUUCAAGCUCAAGCAAAACCUUAUUGCUCUAAAAAUCAGACGUCAUGUUUUAUUACAUUAUGUUCUAUCACAUUUUGCUUUGAUACUGUCCUGUUUUCAUCACCAACAAUAAAAGUCAAGAUGGGCUCUUGAGUGAGUAUAUGCAGGGCUGUAUGCAUGUGAUAGCAAGGAACAUUCACAGAGGAAAACAAGGACAGCAAAGCCUUACAGAAUGUUCUGCUAUGCAGAUGCAUUACCUAAAAUUAGCAGUUUUGUGAUGUUUACGACACUUUUAGUUCAAAUGCAAGAGGAAGAACAUUUAUUCAUAGAUAGUUGUAACAACAGGAGAAAACAAACUGGGUAUUUAUGACACAAUGUGAGUUUGAGGGCUGUAGUUCUGUCAUGUUCAAGCAAUGGUGCUUUUAAGGAAAUUAUCAUCUUGUGACUGUGCAACUUCCUCCCUUAUAUGGCUUUUACUAUUCCUAUAGGAGGAACAGACAGAAGUCUGAGGCUGCUGAAGUGUACAAUCCAGCAGACAAAUUCACACCUCCAGCAUACUCAAACUCAUGAAUGCCAUGAAUUCCCCAAGAAAAACGCAGACUGCAUUAAACAAAUGUAUCUCUUAUUUCAAUCCUAACUUCACAGUUCCCUUUCUGGAACCACAUACAAAGAAUUCAAUGAGAACUCUUUUCAUAGGACCUUCAGUCAUGUUUCCUUCACUUAAAAUGAGAUUAAUUUCUGGGAUUUAGCCCACUGUGUCUCAGACCUGCUCACCUCCAAAACACUUCAUUCAAAAGCUCUGAACCCAGCAGCUGGCAAAUCACUGCCUCUUGCCAGUAUUCAAUGCUGUGCUAGUGGCCUUUACAAGUAAAUCCAGUUAGACUUCAACAAACAACAGACCUAAGAAAGAAAUGUCAUUUUAGCCAUGAAAUCUGACAAACUCACAACUCACUUGGUCUUUAUGUAUCUGUACACUGGCAUUGUUCAGCUGGGCCAGAGCACACAACCAGUUAUCAAGCGAAAAGUGUUGGCAAAUACCACAGCCUAACACAAAUCUUUUGCCUCCAGGAGCCAGUGGUAAUCAGCUAAAAAGUGUUAGUCCAUGACUACCAAGAAAGGUGGACAUUAGAAUUUACAAAGAAAUGCUCCUCCUUAUUGCAUAAAUAGGUUCUGGACUGCAAGUCUCCAGAAAGGGAGGGGAAGAGGCAGGAUAACAUCUGAACCACUGUACAGCAGGUGAAAGAGUCAAAGAUGGUGACACUCAUUUCCUCAUGCUAGGUAUGGAGAGAACAGGCCCUGAACUAUGCUGUUCCAGCAAGAAGCCAGUACAUGGUAAAUGGUUUAGCUCAGAGCCUUGAAGGUUUCUCAUUUUGGUAAGUGCUAUCCAUGUCCAAUUGUGUUUUGCAUUUAUUGAAAAGAAAAAUUACACUGAAAUCUGAGCUCAAAAGGGCUUUGUCACAACCUGUUUUGAAAAAAGAUGCCUGAAACUAUGGAAGGCAUGCAUGGAAUUUUUAUUCUGUACACUGAUACAGAAGUCAGCUAAACAGACCCCUUGGCUUCAGGAGAGGCAGAGAUUCCUAAGCAGCAAGGAACGAGCUGUGCUGCUUGGAUGUAACAGAGCAGAAGCACUUGAGAGACACCUGCUGCCCACUGAGAGAAUCUGUCCUCUUAGCAAACCACAUUCAAUUAUCCUUCAGAUGGAGCAGAACAGUGCAGAGUCACUUCCAUGUGGGGAACAACUUGGCAUGGAAAAGCUGACUGCUCACAUCAGUAACCCAAGUUUUAACCGCAUCUUUAAGAACCUCUCAUCCUGCUUUUAAGGGCAGCUACCAACCCAAAAGAAGAUGUGAAGAACGAUUUUUAAACUACAAUUAUGGACCCAAGUUUGCACCAACUCCUCUCAGCCACACUCAAAAGUUGCAGUUUGGCUCAGUGCUCAGAUAACAGAGAUUAUUAUAUUAACAGAUGCAGGUGCAGUCCUUGGGGAGCCUUUUAAUUCCCCAACCACCCCUUAGCCAAGGGACCUGCAGGGCACUACAAAACACGGUUUCAGCAAUAGGUUUCCCUUUAGACAAGCAAAGGAAACAUUGUGACGAUUUUGUGAUGGGCUCAAGUUACAAUGUAAGCCCAGGAACUUUUCACAAUUUAACAGUGGAUACUUAAGAAACACAGACUAUUUCAAGGUCCUCCUUCAGUUUUUUUUUUUUUCUUAUUCAAAGUCACAACAUUUUAGAUAGCCAUUAGGCAGAUAUAUUUGUCUGACUACUGCUGCCCUUAAGAGGCUUGGCACAAGCACAGUAUAUUUAAUUUUUAAUUAACUCUCAAUCCUGCAAAUACUAAUUUUUCAUUCUAUUUGUCAACUUCAUCUAGUUCUGUUCAGACAAUUAAGCCACAAGUCCAGAAACCCACAGAAAGACUCAUUAAACAUCUGCUGAACAUUAAGGAAGGCCUCUAAUCCUAAACCAAUCUCUCAGUUUCUUCACUUUUCGGAAUUCAUUCAAUUAGCAGUUGAGUCGCUCUGUGAAAGCAGUAGCAUACUCAUUUUUUAAAAAAGUAACAGACAUUAAAUUGAAGGCUGCAGGAGUGACCAAGGAAGACA